AGGGAUUUAAGCAGUAUGUGACUCCAGGCUGAGCUCUCCAGUCCUUAAAUGUAACUUGACUACAUUCAGCCAGGACUUCAUAAGCUUUUAUUCAGGUUGUUACGGAGACGGUUUAAUGAAAAGCUGCCCUCAGAAGGAGCUGCAGCAGUCUGAGAGACUCAAAUUCCUCGUAUCGCUAUCUGGAAUUUGUGUUUCUUCUGAAAGGGGGUCUUGUUUUCUGUACUUUGGGCAAUAAACAGCUUUUCUGCUGGUACCUGUAAGCAGAAUUUCUACGCAAUUAAAAAUUAUUAGGUGUGCCAGUAGAAAAAUGGUACUUGUGUGGUGAUUUGGUGUAGCGUAGCUUGUUCAGUCGCAAGGGUGCAGGAAAGAACACUGUCAACAAGUCUGCUGCGAAGACAUGUUAAGAGCCAGAGUCAUACCACCGCUUUUUUGAUAAAAUGCAAUUAUAAUGCACGUUCCAGUGUAUCUUUAUUAAUAAAGGGAAGUGAAUGAUCACAUGUUUAGCAGAACUGCCCUCACACUCAAUUCUCCUUUGCACUUUAUGCCUCUAUUCUGCAAAAAGCUGAAGGGGCGCAAAUAAUGCGUGACAGGCUUUAUAUUUCCCUUCCUCUGCCUGCACCCCAUCUGCCUUGUCUUAUAUGUUGUUCCCUGGAAAAAAAGGGAAGGGCCUGCUUUCUAGAGUGAUGCACUGACUUUAAUGUAAGUUAAAACUUGUGAGUUGCUCUUUCACUCUUUUUUUUUUUUUCUUCCCCCACCUCUGUGCCCAUUUCAUCAUCUUUAAAGGAGAGGAAGUCUCAUAGAUGCUAUAGAUGAGGCUGUUGUUGAGGGACGCGUGGGAAACCUUCGGAGAGGGCUCCAGAUACUUCGCUACAGCUUUUAAUCUGGGAGCGGAGCCAUUUCCCUGCCUCGGCGACUGCUACGAAUCGCUAACUUUUAACUCUGACGCAUGCCCUGCCCUGGCGGCCCUUCCGCCCCGCGCCGCGGGCGCUGCUGGGAGUUGGAGUGUCGGGCGGUGGCGGCGGCUGGGAGUGCCACGGCCAUGCGGCGGGUCAACAGCAGCUUGUCCAGUGAUGAGCUCCUCCUAGAAGACUUGGAGACAGAAGGAGAGAGGCAGCUGAAGAGCCUCCUUCACCACCAGCUCGAUACCACUGUCUCAAUUGAGCAGUGCAAGUCAAAGCGGAGAUGCUUUGCGCCUGCAGCUUUUUACAAGCCUUUUGGCGAAGAGGCUGCAGGGGCUUUGACCUUGUCACAGUUCCAGGCCCUGCAGGAGAGCAACAAAGAAACUGCCUCUCUCCGAGAACUGGGGCUCUCUGACUCAGAGAUCCUGCUCUGGAAGAACCGGGCUUCAACAGGGAAGGGCUCUGGGCUGGGAGCAGCCCCAGAGGCCACACAGGACCGACUCCAUGCCAUCCAGGAGAAGAUGGAAGAGCGUCAGCGCAUACUCGCUCUGCCCCAAAGGUUUGCUGGCAGCAAGCAGCUGAGCCGGCGGGAGAUGGAGAUUGAAAAUGCCCUCUUUCAGGGAACAGACCGCCACUCCUUCCUCCGAGCGCUCUACCACCAAGAUGACACUCAGAAGAGGGUAACAGAUGAAAAGGACCCCAUGGUUCAUCUGGAGGGUGUUUACCAAGAGCUACUGAGCAAGAAGUGGCCUGAAGAAGUCCAGCCUACCAAGAGUGACCCAUGCUUGUGCCCUUCCCUGGCCCCACAGGGGCCUAAGGCUGAGGAGUCAUCGCUUGUGGACCAGGAAGAGCAGGCAGAACAGGCAAGAAGUCCCAGCCUUCCUGCAACAAGUCCUCGCCAGUCCCCUCCAAGGCUUGUGAUUAUCAAAGAGCCUGUAGAGUUUGUCCCGGAAGAGGAGAUCUGCAAGAACCGUCUCUCAGAGGAAGAACUUCAGAAUAUACCUAGGUUCUCGUCCUACCAUCCUGGGGAGCCCAACAAGGUGCUGUAUUUGAAGAACCUGGGCCCUCGAGUGACGAUGAAGGACCUAGUGUCCUUGUUUGCUCGGUUCCAGAAAGAGGACAGCCCCUCAAUCCAGUUCCGCCUCCUGAGCGGCCGGAUGAGGGGUCAGGCUUUCAUCACCUUCCCUGUCUUUUCCCUGGACUGGAAGAGGAUUCAUCAAAACAGAAGGCAUGCAGUCUGUUAUGUACCAUAUUUAUAUUCAGCACGUCGCUCUGGCUGGAGAAUCCCAGCGCCACACUGGAUUGCAGUGCAGGCUGAGGGCCAGGAGUAUCUGUGUGAACACCACGUGUGUCUGUUCCAGAACUUGCCAUGUAACCUGCGCCCAUUUUGCUCUCUUGUUGCAGAUAUUCAGUCAGCCCAGGACGCCAUGCUAUUGGUGAAUGGGUACAAUCUGCAGGGGAAGCCACUGGUGAUUGAAUUUGGGAAAGGCAAGGGGCAUUCACCAGAGGCUAACUCUGCCACCCCCUGCUACUUUGCUGGAGAGAACCCCUCUGCCAAGUAAGGGAUGGAUAACCAGGAACCUCAUAGAUUUGCAUGGGCCAUGGGAGCUCCUUGGUCAUAACUGGGACAGUGAAGGACUGUUGGGAGUUAACGUGCAGGUCUGUAAAUCUCACAGAGGGGAAGGGAGAGAGCUGGGGACUACGUUCUUCCUUGAGAGAGAUGGGCACUGUCUUUACACUGUUGGGGUGUACUGGCUUUUUCCUCCUGUUCUACAUGUGUGUCUGCCUUCUCAGCCCUUUGUGCCAAGGAGGGAGGUAGCUGUGUAAAUAAAUGUAUUUAUUAUGC